GAGAGCUAUGUAGAGGUAGACGUAGAGACAGACAGCGAGGCCUCCUCAGAACAGGACUACAGCUAUGAGUUCGCCCAGACGGAGGUCAUGAUGAAGACCCUGGGAAACAACGAUCCCAUGCAGAAUGUGGUCCAGGUUUUAGAGAAGCAGUACCUGGAGGAGAAACGCACAGCGCUGGAGGAACAGAGGAUGAUGUAUGAGAGAGAGCUGGAGUCACUACGGCAACAGCUGUCUCCUGAGAGGACCAAUCAGCAUCAGCGAUCCAGCAGCGAUCGCCUCACCUUCCCCACACACACACCAUCACACCACAGCAAGAUACGCCCCUGGACUGAGGAGAGGGACGAGCUGUUUCGUCAGAGUCUGUCCAGGCUGAGGGAGCAGGUUGUCAAGGCCAACACCCUGGUGAGAGAGGCCAACUUCCUGGCAACGGAGAUGAACAAACUGACUGACUACCAGGUCACCCUCCAGAUCCCUGCAGCUAACCUCAGUGCCAACCGCAAGCGUGGAGCCAUAGUGAGUGAACCAGCCAUCCUGGUGAGGUGGAAAGGGAAGGGGACACAGGUCUGGACCAUCGACAAGCUGGACAACAAACUAGUGGACAUGAGAGACCACUACAGAGACUGGAAGGAGGGAGCUGAGGACACGCAUAACAAGCUGAACAACCACAAGCAGCACAGUGAGUCCUUCUAUGAAGCUCAGGAGAACCACAACCUGAUAGGAGUGGCCAACGUCUUUCUGGAGUGUCUGUUCCACGAUAUCAGACUACAGUACGCUGUUCCUAUCAUCAGCCAGCAGGGGGAGGUAGCCGGCAGGCUCCACGUAGAGCUGAUGCGUGUCAGUGGGCCGGUGCCGGACCGGCUGGAGGGGGGAGAUGACUCGUCAGAGAACUCCAGUGAGAGCAGCAUCUACGAUGUGAUGGAUACUCAGGGAGAGAUGGUCCACAUGGCCAGGAAACUCACCUGCAGGGUGCGUAUCAGGGAGGCGACGGGGCUGCCUCUCAACCUGUCCAAUUUCGUCUUCUGCCAGUACACCUUCUGGGAGGGGGUGGAGCCUACGGUGGCCCCGCCCAUGGUCAGCCCAGACACGCCAACCACGCCCCGCAGCCCCGACGCCCAGUUCACCGUCCGCUUCGACCACUGCAAG